UAGUUAUCAAUAAAUUCAUAAGUACCAGAUCAGGGAAAUUAAUACUUUUUACGUUUAGCGCUGAUCAUAUCGUUUUUUUCUUUAGUCCUAUUAGGAAGUCAUUAAAUUUUGAUAAAAAGUAUUUCUUCAAUUCAGACACUUAACGCAUCUCCAAUCCAAUUAGCAAAAGCUGGAUUAUACUCGUUUAGAACGCUAGAAAACGCUACGUGUUUCUGUUGUAGUGCUUGUGCAAAAGACGAAGCAGUGUUUGAGGUAUAGAAACGUCUUCCACCACUAUUCAAAUUUAUGACACGCGAAAAUAGUGCCGAUUUUCCGAUCUUUAGCAUUCCUGGACCGAUACAUGCUGAGAAUGAUUGGACUGUUACAGAGAAGGGAUCUAUAAUAACAACAGUCUCGGAACAUGAUCAGAGUCACAGAGAAAAUAUUGCAGACGAUGUACACCAACCUUCGGAAGACUGUCGAUACGUAAAUGAUUCGCAAACAAAUGAUAGGGGAAAUUUGAAUAAAAGAACGACUAUUUUACAAACAAAUGGCCAAUUGGAAUAUUACCCUGGUAUAUCCACAGAGAGACCUAAACAUCCAGAUUACGGAAUAAAAAGUGUAAGAUUAUCCUCUUUUACAAAUUGGAAUCAAGGAAUAGUUGACCCGACGCAGCUUGCAGAGGCAGGGUUCUUUUACACAGGGGAUCGUGACUGCGUGACAUGUUUCUUUUGUGGAGAUGGAAUGAAAGGCUGGGAAGAAGGAGACAAUCCUUGGAUUGAACACGCAAGAUGGUUUCCAAAUUGUUCAUUUGUGAAACAAUGCAAGGGAGAUAACUUUGUUAAUAUGUGCCGAAUGGCCAACAUCAAUUAUAUGUCAGCCAUGGACAAAUGGAAAAUUUUGUAAGUCAAUGAAUAAUAU